AUGGAGCGACGAUCCCGGAGGGCACAGUCAAAGGCUGCAGAGUCACUGUCCAGUCAAAGUGCACCCUUGCAGCCUUUGCUUGCCAAUGCUUCCGAGCUCACGGCUGCGCCCAAGAACGAAGAUGCAGAGUACUGGGAGGUGGAGCUUAUUAGGGCCAAUGCAUCAGUUCUGGAAAUCCUUGAAGAGGCGCCGCUCUAUUCAGCAGCGCGCUCCAAAGCAGCUGCUCUGUUCGAUCGGCUAAGUGACAACACCACCUUGGGCCUGAGCUAUGCAAGGAUUCUCAAAUUUAUGCAGACUUCGUGGGAAGGUCCGUUGAAACUCCCAUCGCAGACGCAGAUGGAGUUGCACAACAACCUCGCAGCCUUCGUUAUCCUGUCAGACCGUGACAGGGAUGGCUUGCUGUCGGUGAAUGAAUUCAUAGAAUACGCCGCCACGGUGAUCAAGGUGUCCAAGCGGGAUGUGCAUGCGUGGCAUGUUGAGGCGGCCCUUCGCCGAAGCUAUGGUGUUGUGAGCAGUUUUUUCCAAAACUUGACGAAUUAUUCCUUUGACCCCGUGGGCAAAGCGGGCGGUGCAGUGAACCGGUGGGUACAGCGGCCGACAUGGCAACUCACACUGCCAUUUCUUCUCAGUGCGCUCAGCAAAGUCGGGAAGGCACUGCUGGAAGUGUCGGACAGCAUUGACAUGCUGAGCAGGGAUGUAAGGUUCAGCUGCGGUCUCCUGGCCAAAGUCUGCCAGGGACGAGACUUACACGAGUGGGAGAACUACUUACUUCGACGUUUCUUUAGUGAUGUCAUCGCUCUGGUUCCUUCCACGGCGAUCUGCGCUCUACCUUUGCCGUUGCCGGUGCACGUUUGCCUCUUUCUGGUGAUCAAGUCCUCGGCCCCGGCGCUUUUGCCGUCCCCGUUCUACCCUUCGAGGCUCCAGCUCCUCGCUGCGAGGCGCGAGCUGCGCCAGGACCCGGACUUCAAGGACUGGACGCUCUACGGCGAGGAACCUUCUGAGGAGCUCGACGCUGCGGUCCUCGAGAUCUUCGAAGCUCCACCAGAUUCUGCGACGGCGCAGUCGGGCAUUCGAAAGCUCUUCGAGGAUCUGGAUGCAUCUGCAGGUGGCAAUGUCUCGCACAGCAGUGUGCUGAGCAUUGUGCAAGCUAUUUGGAGCGGACGGCUGAACCUUGCGAAGAAGAACAUGGAGGAUUUUCGCAUGGAUGCGUCGACGCUUCUGGUUGCUGUAGACCGCCGCCGUGAAGGUUGCCUCACGCUCGGCGAAUUCACCGAAUACAUCGAAACGUUGGUUGAAGUUGCCAACAACUACAAGGCCAGCGCUCUUCGUGCCGACAAUAAAGUGACGAGAUUCGCACGCGACGUCUCUGACAGCGCGUUUACACUACUGCGCGAUCUGCGGUAUGGCGUGCAUCUGCUGAAGAAGCUCGCGUUCAGACACAAGCUCUCCAACAUGGAGCGCGCGAUACUAAAGCGGACUUUCAAAGACUUGUCUGCGUGCUUGCCGUACUGCGCCAUCGCUCUGACCAAGUGCACUUAUGGGCAGAAGAUGCUCAUGGGCAUGUUGCUCUAUUCAAACGCGCCUUAUUCGCUCUUCCCGACCUCAUUAAGAAAGCCGCGGCGAAGGUUUGCCCGCGCUUGGGCGGCCAUUGCAGCCAAACAGCGGCGGCGAGCCUACCAGGGCUGGCAGCGGCUAGAAGACCGACAGCGACAGCUCGGAAAAGGAGGUACUUUCAAAUCGGAGCAGAAGGCACUCACGCUGAAGAAGCUGGAACGAGAGCCGGAGAAGCUUUUCGAGCAAUUUGACGAAGGCAGUGGAACUCUAACGUAUGGAGAAGUGUUUUCCAUUCUUUGGCCACUCUGGGAAGAGGUCAGUCGCAAAAGCAGCGAGCCUUUCUUAGACGCAUUGGGGCUCGUCCUUCAGAUAGCUUCUGACAGAGAUGGUGCUGUCACCAAGCCCGAGUUCGUCGAGUUCGUGCAAACACUCACUGCUUACACCAACUCUACGCGCUUUGAGGAGGAUCUGGCAAAGCCCGCUGUUGCGAUCGGGCCCAUCUGCCGCUACGCCGCUGCGAUCGCGCGCAAGGAAGUACGGGAGGUUGUGGACAGUGUCUCCAUGAUCAGUCAGGACGUCGUAUAUUCAGGAGCUUUGCUGCAAAGCCUGCAGAACAAGGAAAGCAAGCGACGCAAGUUUCUGGGCUUCUCCAAGGUUGAGUGCGACGUCCUGCGCCGCACGGCGAAGGACAUUUUUCUGUUCAUUCCGAUUGGCCUCAUCAUCGUCGCGCCUUUGACCCCUGUCGGAACCGCGAUCGUCAUCGCUAUCUUCAAGCGAUUAGCGCCCGCCUUGGUACCCUCGUCUUUCCGUCGGCCGCGCUUGACACUUCUGCAAGCCCUGCGCUGGUCGAGGAAGUCGGCGGCUGCUCAGGAUGCUUAUGGCAAGAUGGAUCCCUUCACCGUCGUAUCUUUCAUCGAGAGCGAUGGAGCCCGGAAAGAGAUUUCACGGACACGCACAGACUGGAAUGCUGACAUGCAUCCACACUGGGAUCAUACUUGCCGAGGGCAGCCUUUCAAAAUGGGCUCAGCAGCCACUGUGGAGUUCCAGGUCAUGGAAGGCAACGUGAUCGGUCGCCCGACCUUCUGCGGCGCUGCGCAGGUGUCGGUAGAAGCGUUGCUGGGCGACCCUACGGCUUCAGAAUCGCUUUGUGCCUCCAAAUCUGGUGGAUCGCUGACUGGUCCUGUGAUGGAUCUAGAGCUACGGCUACCUUCGCAAGAGGUGACAGGACGGGUUUUCGUCCAGGCCUUGCUAGUGAGCAGGCAACCCGGCGAUGCCCAGGCUGGGCUCCACUUAACGCGCGUGGAUCCCAACCGCUUCGAUGCCAAAGUCGAGAGACUUGGAGUCUCCGGUGGCAGCGCGGCGUUCUUCAGGUUGUGCCUGAAAGAACCCACUGCUGCACGGCCCGUGGACUAUUUCAUUGGCAAGGACUUGAGCCAUGCGGAGGAUGAGGUGAAUUUCUAUGAGGAGGCUCUGAGUCUUCGACACGGAAGCGGCUUGGAGCCACUUCUUGGCUACACGCUGGAAUAUGCUGGAGUUCUCAGCUGCACGGAGGAGCUCACGCCGUCGGAAGAGAAGCGAAAUGAGCUCCUAGUCAUGCGGAAUCUGCGGUGUGGAUGCUCCAAGCUGCGGCUUCUGGAUAUAAAGAUCGGCCAAAAAACAGCGCAGGCUGGCUGGCAAGGAAAGUCCCGGGCUGCUGCGUUGCGUCAAAGUCUGGUGGAUGGCAUUACCAACUCCAGUUGCGAGGGCUUUCGACUAGAGGGCUUCGAUGGGCGACCGCCUGCGUUGGAAUCAAUGGACCCCUUGCUUGACAUUGGGAUGACUGGCAAUGCCAAAAUGGCGAAGAAGGCCCUUCGAGUGAUGCUCCAGCGAAUGACAGCAGCUGAAAUGCUGGUGCAUUUUUGGGAUGUGCACCAGGAGCCAGUUGACAUCGACGAUGCCAGUUUGGAUCAUCAGCUGUGCACGACCGAGGUUGCCGAGUUGGUGGCCCACGAAGUAGUUCGUCAGCUUGCCGGACUGUCUGUCGCGUGCAGGCGAUCACCAGUGCCACAGAAGUGGAUCGGUAGCUCUGUUGGCCUCGGCUUCGACUGCGGCCGCUUGCCUUCUCGGUCCGCCGGGGAAGAGGAAGUCCGAAAGUCAACACAAGUCCACACAUUUGACUGGGGACGUUCUGAACUCAACACCAUGGACAAGCACAUGCUUCUGAGUGAGAAGGACCAGCAUGACAGAGGUGAGUUCUGGAGAUAUUACAUGGGCGGCGUUGAUCGACUCGCUUGGGAAGCAGCAAGAGCUUACAAGCACAGGUUCAGCUGCACCACGAGGUGGUCCAUCAUCACUUUCAAGCUCUGCGACUUUGACUCAAUGUCUGAGAACGAUUUCAUUGGCAGACUGACGGUGCCGGUUGAGGAAACUCCAGAGACAACUGCAGAUCUGAGCACAAAGGACGGCAACCAUGUGGUUGGAGAUUAUGGCUUCCGUGGCUCAGCGACUCUGACUUACGCGAUAACCUGGAGGCCAUAUCCUCGAAAGUCCAGGCUGAUCGGUUCUUGGAGAGUGCAUCUCAAACGAGCGCAGCAUCUCCCAAGGCAGGACAAGAUGCAGCUGAGGACCACUUCGGACCCAAUGUGCGAAAUCACUGCCUGUGCCGAGACUGCCACAGGGCUGCUGUGCCAUCGCCAAGUCAGCAGUGUCAAGGUUCGGAACUUGGAUCCAGAAUGGGAGGAGUUUUUCGACUUGCCGAUCGCAGCUGAGCCUGACAACCUGGAAGCAGCAUUGGAGGCUGCAGCUGCCGGUUUGGCUUCGGGAUCAGUUGUCGACAUUUUCCCGCCAGAAAAGAUGCCGCUCUGGCAGAAGGAGGGGCUCGUCCCUCGUCUCUCUGGAUCCAAGACUCCAUCAAGGUGGUCUUCUUGGACGGAAGCCAAUUCAGACACCGAAGCCUUGGAGAAAGGGAUUGACAGCUGGAGGUCGCGCUUGGACGUCGCCAGUGCAACUGUAGACGUCACACCCAGCCAACGAUCGGCAGAGCCGAUCGAGGAGGAUGCAAUGCGGGCAGUGCAGCGUCAGGUUACGCUGGAAACCGCACAGACUAUGCAGACCCAGCUGGAAGAAGAGGACAAGAAGUGGGUGGUCAGGAUCAUCUCGGAGGAGGAGCGUGAGCGACAGCAGUCUGGCCGGGUCAUCGUGCCUCAGGCUUCAGAUGAGGACGUAGGCAUGGGAACUCGGCUCGAGGUGGUACGGCGAAAUGAUGCCUGCAGCUACAUCACUGAAUUGAAACCCGAUGCAUUGCACAGAGACGUGUUUGAAGCCCAAGACACUCAGCCAAUGUGUUGGAGCUUCUCGAGUUGUGCCACGUGCUUGACGUGA